ACAUUCCACAGCACAGGGCAGUCCGUCGUCGCGCACACCUUUCCCUUCCCUUCCCCCUCCCCUUGCUGCCGUCCCCCUCUCCUUCCCAUUAAUAUCUAGCGGCACCUCCCCUUCCCCGUCUCUCUCCUCGUCCUCGUCCUCCAACUGUGAGAGAAGGCUGCCGAAGCCGCCGCCGCCAUUAGUGGUGAUCGGCGAGGUUUAAUUACUUUUGCGGUCCCUCGCUAGGGUUCCAUUCCAUCCCAUCCACCCCGGCCGGCCGCCUGUGUGUCGUUCCUUUUCGUCCAUGGAUCAGAGCUUUGGGAAUCUCGGGGCCGGAGCUGGUGGUGGGAGCAGCAGCGGGGGCUCCAACUCCAAGGCGGCGGUGUCGUCGUCCUCGUUCCUGCAGCUGCCGCUGUCGACGGCGUCCCCCGCGUACUACGGCGCGCCGCUCGCGCUCCUGCACCACCACGCCGCCGCCGUCGCCGCGGGCGGCCCCGGCCCGUCGUCGUCGCAGCAGCAGCAGUCGCCGUACGCCACCAAGCACGCCAGCACCGCCGAGAUGUCGUCGGCGGAGGCCGAGGCCAUCAAGGCCAAGAUCGUCGCGCACCCGCAGUACUCGGCGCUCCUCGCCGCCUACCUCGACUGCCAGAAAGUGGGCGCGCCGCCGGACGUUCUGGAGAGGCUGACGGCCAUGGCGGCGAAGCUGGACGCGCGCCCGCCGGGCCGCCACGAGCCGCGCGACCCGGAGCUGGAUCAGUUCAUGGAGGCGUACUGCAACAUGCUCGUCAAGUACCGGGAGGAGCUGACCCGGCCCAUCGACGAGGCCAUGGAGUUCCUCAAGCGGGUGGAGGCGCAGCUCGACUCCAUCUCCGGCGGCGGCGGCUCCUCCUCCUCCGCGCGCCUCUCCCUCACCGGUAAGAUAAGUUCGCCACAUCAUCGGAUCGGAAUCGGAACAACAGCAGCUGCCGGACCGCCGCCUCAUGGUAAAUCAGAAGGUGUCGGCUCUUCUGAAGAUGACAUGGAUCCAAGCGGCCGUGAGAAUGACCCACCGGAGAUUGACCCGCGAGCGGAGGACAAGGAGCUCAAAUACCAGCUCCUGAAGAAGUACAGUGGCUACUUGAGCAGCCUCAGGCAAGAGUUUUCCAAGAAAAAGAAGAAAGGGAAGCUCCCAAAGGAGGCCAGGCAGAAACUGCUCCACUGGUGGGAGCUGCACUACAAGUGGCCUUACCCUUCAGAGACGGAGAAGAUUGCGCUUGCAGAGUCAACAGGCCUAGACCAGAAGCAGAUCAACAACUGGUUCAUCAACCAGAGGAAACGGCAUUGGAAGCCGUCAGAGGACAUGCCUUUCGUGAUGAUGGAAGGCUUCCACCCGCAGAACGCCGCUGCGCUGUACAUGGACGGCCCAUUCAUGGCCGACGGCAUGUACCGCCUCGGUUCAUGAACUGCCUGUGAACUGGACUAUCCAACUCGGACUGCGUCAAAAUGUUUCUGUGUACCAGGAAGCAUGCGUUGCAAUGCAAGGACAUUGUUAUGGAAUUUUUGUUACCGUUUACCGCUGAUUGCCAAGGGGGGUUAGUCAGUGGGUCGCGGUCGCUCGCUCUAGUGUCUAUGGCUUGUAGUUGUCCUGUAAUGUUGUUAAUUUCCGCUUGACGGCUUGUAAUCUAGGUGUAUUUCGAACUUGAUUGUCCGUGCAAGUACCCUGGUGAUUAAUUUGGCAUGCAGUCGCCUGCUGUUUGUAUGAUUGUAUGGUUCAGAUGGUGGAACAUGCAUGUUAAGGGCGUGGCCUGUCUGAAUAAAAAAAAAAGUUGUCUUGUCCUUCAGCAGAUACAUACUCCUACAUAAGGAUGGUUUUACAAUGAAUGAACUGCAGAUUACUUAA